UUUCUUAACUACAGUUUGAUCAUAAGAAAAUGUUUCACACAAGUUUGUGAUUAGAUUAUAUACACUAUUUUGCGAAUUUUCAUCCAUCGUUUUUAAAUUUAACCAAAUUUGACUUAACUAAAUGACAACUGUCAACAAACAGGAAAAUUGAUUUUGCUACCACGACCAAAACGCAAAAGUCCCUAGCACAAAUUAUAUUAAAUCAUUUCAAUUUUGUUUAAAUAAUAUAAACAUAAUUAUUAAAAUUAGAUCACAAAAAGAAUUUGUUAAACUUAAUUUGGCACAUACAACAAGGAACAUAAACAAUUAUUCUAAAAAAAUUAAAAUUGCGCUCCUCGGUUGGUUACAUUAUUGUGUUUGUCUAUUUGACAUUUUGACAGACAAAAAUAUUCUUUAAACAAAUUCAACAAUUUUAUUAAAAUAUUUUCAUUUUACAGACAAGUGUUUUAAAAUUUCUAGUGAUCUAUUUCAGUUCUAAAAGAGCGAAUAUGGUUUACAUGAUAUAAUUAAAACAUGGAAUCUGAUCGAAUUUUAGUCGCAGCAGGCCUCACCGCAGCUGCAGUUGUUGGAGCAUUUGUCUUCUGGGGCCCUGCGACAACAUCUGGCAGUGGUCGAGGACGUUUAGCUGGCUUAGUCAAUUUGGGGAAGACUUGUUUCCUUAAUGCUGUUUUGCAUGCACUGGCAGCCUGCCCGCAAUUCAUUGACUGGUUGGAAAAAGACAGAUGUGUGAAAGAAACAAGUCUAAGAAGAACUUUGGCAACCGUUUUAUCAGUUGUUAAUGGUACUAAUAAGUCCGUUAAGGAGACUUACGCACCAGCUGCUGUUAUUAAUGCUUUGAAACGGCUUGGUUGGGUUAUCCCCGCAGGCGAGCAAGACGCUCACGAAUUACUAAACGUGCUUCUAACCACUUUGGAUGAAGAGACUCACAAAAUUACAAGAAAAGCCGGUUGUUUAUCUGAUGCUUUGGGCAUGAAUGAAUUGGAUGUCACUGAACCAGAAGAAGAAACUUCCGAAUUUAAUACUUUAGGCAGUGUUAUGUCUUUAAAUGAAUUAUGUAGGCCGAGUAGUUUAAAUUGGAGAGGCACCGCGAUUAGACGAAACCGAUGGAUUUCGAGAUCUUGUCGGGCUCUGCAAAUGUCAGGACCUCCACAACAACCUGUUUCACAUCCUUUUACUGGUACUUUAACCAGUCAGUUAAGAUGUACUGAAUGUGGCCAUAAGUCUAGUGUCCGUUAUGAUAAAUUUGAAAGUCUUUCGUUAGCAUUACCCAGUGGAGCGGGUGAUUUAGGUUGGGGAAGGCAUAAAUUACAUCAGUUGCUUACGAAUUUUGUAACUCCAGAAGUUGUACCUGAUGUUCAGUGUGAAGGUUGUAACAGUGGUCGUGAUCCGGCGAUGCCGCCUAUUUUAUCCAAGCAAAUUAAAAUACUUAAUUUUAGGAAGAUGUUUUGCUAUACAGGGUGCGCCAGAACUCGCGCCCCAGAGAAAAUUUUCAAGGAGGAGGACACAGGCUGCUGUGUCCUCGGGGCUCCUGUUGUUGUUGGGGGCGGUGCUGGUUCAGCUGGCCAGUUUGAUGCAAUCAUGGGGGGCACGGGCUGCGGUUGUGUCGUGGGGGCCCUUGUCCAAGCGUUUGUCUUGGGGGCCGGGGCUGGGAUAGAUGCUGUUCAGCGUCUCAUAUUUUCCGGUGAUGACCAGGAACAAGGGCCUUUGAGUGUUUUUCAUCUCAUAAAUGUUGAUGAGAUCUACACCCUUCUCUUUCAUUUCGUUUACAAGUUCGGCGAUUUCGGGCCCUUUGUCAAGGCCGUGGAGGACGAACGCGUGGGUUUUCUCCUCCCUGCUGAUGUACGUGUGGUACUCCAAACUGAAUUAGUGCUGCGUGAUCUUUCGCUUUGCCGUGAAUCACGAUCGGCGGUGGGGGUUUUUCUGUGGGGCUUCUUCUCGGCUGUUCCGAAUCCUGGGAAGGGCCGGCGGACUGGUCUGCUUCUCUGGGUGGCCUGCAUGGAAUCUGAUCGAAUUUUAGUCGCAGCAGGCCUCACCGCAGCUGCAGUUGUUGGAGCAUUUGUCUUCUGGGGCCCUGCGACAACAUCUGGCAGUGGUCGAGGACGUUUAGCUGGCUUAGUCAAUUUGGGGAAGACUUGUUUCCUUAAUGCUGUUUUGCAUGCACUGGCAGCCUGCCCGCAAUUCAUUGACUGGUUGGAAAAAGACAGAUGUGUGAAAGAAACAAGUCUAAGAAGAACUUUGGCAACCGUUUUAUCAGUUGUUAAUGGUACUAAUAAGUCCGUUAAGGAGACUUACGCACCAGCUGCUGUUAUUAAUGCUUUGAAACGGCUUGGUUGGGUUAUCCCUGCAGGCGAGCAAGACGCUCACGAAUUACUAAACGUGCUUCUAACCACUUUGGAUGAAGAGACUCACAAAAUUACAAGAAAAGCCGGUUGUUUAUCUGAUGCUUUGGGCAUGAAUGAAUUGGAUGUCACUGAACCAGAAGAAGAAACUUCCGAAUUUAAUACUUUAGGCAGUGUUAUGUCCUUAAAUGAAUUAUGUAGGCCGAGUAGUUUAAAUUGGAGAGGCACCGCGAUUAGACGAAACCGAUGGAUUUCGAGAUCUUGUCGGGCUCUGCAAAUGUCAGGACCUCCACAACAACCUGUUUCACAUCCUUUUACUGGUACUUUAACCAGUCAGUUAAGAUGUACUGAAUGUGGCCAUAAGUCUAGUGUCCGUUAUGAUAAAUUUGAAAGUCUUUCGUUAGCAUUACCCAGUGGAGCGGGUGAUUUAGGUUGGGGAAGGCAUAAAUUACAUCAGUUGCUUACGAAUUUUGUAACUCCAGAAGUUGUACCUGAUGUUCAGUGUGAAGGUUGUAACAGUGGUCGUGAUCCGGCGAUGCCGCCUAUUUUAUCCAAGCAAAUUAAAAUACUUAAUUUUGGGAAGCUCCCAGUGUGUCUUUGCAUACAUAUAUCACGUAAUACUUGGCAGCCAGGUGGAAUAUCGAAACGUCAGGAUUACGUCCAAUUUCCAAUGAGACUGUCGUUGGCAGCUUACACUUUUGUCCAUGCUCAUUAUCAGCGAAAAUUAACAAAUUCAGUGUAUACAAGCACGAGUGAAGGUGGAAGCCCAUUGUCAAGCAGCAUGCCCAUGUCUUGGGGUGUGGGGUCCUUAUCGGAAAUGGCAAAUGAAUUUCGAAAUGUUUACCAAUUGGCGGCAGUAGUAGUUCAUACCGGGGAUGCACAUUCCGGACAUUUUAUUACCUAUAGGAGAGGACACCACAAUACAAAGUGGUAUUAUACGUCUGAUGUGGAAAUACGCGAAGUGAUGGUGGAUGAAGUAUUGCAAAGUACAGCUUACAUGCUUUUUUAUGAGAGAACUUCUAAUAUGAGUGCAUUUUAGUCAUCCUAUUGUGAUUUUAUGCAUUUAGUAAGCUUAUUUUUGUUCCUAUUAAGUAUAUGACAAAUUAAUUAUUGUGCCAUUUUAUUUUGAAGCUCUUAAUAUAUCGAAUUACAGCAU